AUGGCUAAACAUGGUUUCCUGUUCUUCCUCACCUUGUUUCUGCAACACCACUAUACAAGCGCCUCUUUCAUUGAUCAGCCAAGAAGCAGCAUAGCAUCAACUGCGGAAUGGGAACCCUUGCAUUGCAAUGAUGUGUCCAUCAACCCUUCAUGCGGCUCAUUCCUUUACGUCACUCCUCAAGGGCGUAACCUGUCAGAGAUUGUCUCUGUAUUCAACGGUAAUGCAUCUCUCAUCCAGACUAUCAAGCGGCUCUCUGGUUCAGAGGACCUGUUGAUGGGCGUGGCAUGCAAGUGUCAGGCUAUCAGCAACACCACGACUGCUUUUUUUCAUGACACUCAAUAUAAAGUGGAGUCGGAUGACACACCUGACGAAGUUAAGAGUAAUACCUUCAGCGGGCUUGCAAUGAAUGUUGGUGAUGGUGUGCAAUUCACACCUGGGAAUACAAUUACGGUUCACCUCCCAUGCGGGUGUUCCUCAACAGCAUCAGAGGGAGUAUUGUCUUAUUCAGUGCAGGAGGAAGAUACCCUGAUUACUAUUGCAAGCUUGUUCCAUUCAAGUCCACAAGAUAUCUUAAACUUGAAUCCAAGUGUGACAAAUCCUGAUUUCAUUAAACCAGGAUGGAUCUUGUUUAUUCCAAUGGGUGUUGCUGGUUCUUCUAAGAAAAGGGUUGGUAGUAUGACAAUCAUAAUAGCAGCAUCCAUAUCUGCUGCAAUAUUGUUCUUCUGCGUCUUCACUGUCAUUCUUCGCCUGAGAAGGAGGUCUUCUCAGCACAAUGUUGAAGCACCUGAAAUAAAAAUGGAGAGAGCUCCCAGCAACACCAGCAUCGCUGAUCUGGAGAGCCGUUUCUUUCCAUCCAUGAGAAUUAAUGAUAUUGACCCAUUCCAAACAGAGAGGCCUGCCAUUUUUAGUUUGAAAGUAGUUGGAGAUGCUACAGCUAAUUUCGAUGAGAAAAGAAAGAUCGGCGAGGGAGGAUAUGGCAGUGUUUACCUUGGUUUCAUAGGAGCACAUGAAAUUGCAAUUAAGAAGAUGAAAGCAAGCAAAUCGAAGGAAUUCUUUGCUGAGUUGAAAGCUCUAUGCAAAGUACAUCACAUUAACGUGGUUGAGUUGAUUGGUUAUGCUGCUGGGGAUGAUCACCUAUACCUUGUGUAUGAAUAUGUCCAGAAUGGAUCACUUAGUGAGCAUCUACAUGAUCCGUUGCUGAAAGGUCAUCAAUCUCUUUCAUGGACUGCUAGAACACAGAUAGCAUUGGAUGCAGCACGUGGUAUUGAGUACAUUCAUGAUCAUACUAAGGCCUGUUAUGUGCAUCGUGACAUCAAAACAAGCAAUAUUCUGCUCGACAAUGGAUUAAGAGCUAAAGUUGCAGAUUUCGGACUAGUGAAGCUUGUUGAGCGUAGUGAUGAAGAAGAAUGUAUGGCAACUCGUUUAGUUGGAACGCCAGGAUACCUUCCACCUGAGUCAGUUCUUGAACUUCACAUGACUACCAAGUCUGAUGUGUAUGCAUUUGGAGUAGUUCUUGCAGAGCUCAUUACUGGACUCCGUGCACUUAUCCGGGAUAACAAAGAAGUCAACAAGAUGAAGUCAAUAAUCUCAAUUAUGAGGAAAGUCUUCAAAUCAGAAGAUCUAGAGAGCUCAUUGGAAACAAUUAUAGAUCCUAACUUGAAGGACAGCUAUCCCAUAGAAGAAGUGUGCAAGAUGGCAAAUGUUUCAAUGUGGUGCCUAAGUGAGGAUCCAUUGAACCGGCCUGAGAUGAGGGACAUCAUGCCAACUCUGUGUCAAAUCCAUCUCACCUCUAUUGAAUGGGAAGCAUCACUUGGAGGUGAUGGCGAAGUAUUUAGUGGUGUUUCCUAUGGUAGAUGA